AUCUCACAGGCUAGGUUAGGAGGGGAAGACAUAGGAUACAGUUUCCGUAGAGACCUUAAGCUCAUCAGUGAGGUACAAGCACCAUUUAGGGGGGUCAGAAGAUUCUUCUACGUGGCAUUCAUCGCUGCUGCUGGAAUUUCUACAUUUUUCACUAUACCUAGGUUAAUCCUUGCAAUUCAAGGUGGAGAUGGUGCUCCUGAUAUUGGGGCGACUGCAGGAAAUGCUGCUAUAAAUGUCGUUGGUAUCGUUGUUUUUGUGGCUUUGUUGGUUUGGGACAACAAAAAAGAGGAACAGCUUGCACAAAUAUUGCGUGAUGAAACACUAUCAAGGCUCCCUUUGCGCCUUUCAACUAAUAGGAUUGUUGAACUCGUCCAGCUAAGAGACACCGUGAGGCCUGUUAUUUUGGCUGGAAAAAAGGAGACAGUAUCUCUGGCUAUGAGAAAUGCUGAGAGAUUCCGCAUGGAGCUUCUUAAACGUGGAGUCCUUCUAGUUCCUGUUAUUUGGGGUGAAGGUAGGGAAACAAAAAUAGAGAAGAAAGGUUUUGGUCUUUCUCAAAAGGCAGUCGCUUCCCUCCCAUCCAUAGAGGAAGAUUUUGACCAAAGAACUCAGUCAGUAAUUGCAAAAGCAAAAUUGAAGUCAGAGAUCCGGUUCAAAGCAGAGGUUGUUUCACCUGCAGAGUGGGAAAGGUGGAUAAAGGAUCAACAGAAGUCUGAAGGUGUUACUCCUGGUGAAGAUGUUUACAUUAUACUUCGUCUAGAUGGUCGUGUUCGACGGUCAGGAAAGGGGAUGCCCGACUGGGCUCAAAUUCUGAAGGAGCUGCCUCCAAUGGAAGCAAUAUUAAGCAAGCUAGAAAGAUAAUACAAGUUUCUCUGGUUGUGUGCUAAAAGCUUUUAACUACAUGGUAUAUUUUUGGUCAGUCUCCUUUCUUCAAAUAGAUAAGGCACUAACUGAUGCCUGUCGAGCUCUUGUCCGCAUUACAUUCCAUUCUUUUACGAACAUAUGCUGUACUAUAAAUUGACCUUUGCCAAAUGAAUAUCAGAGAAAAUGAAAUCUAAACAAUGGAACUAAACUUAUUCUUGUAUGAUCUAUACCGUCAAUAUUGAUAUAGUUAUUCAUCUAUUGUUAAAGC